GGAAGUGGAAUGUUACAGUGUUUCAACUGUUACAGUGAAAGUGAAAACACGAGGAACUCGAGUCAUGAUGUUGUUAUCCUCCAUGGAUCGGAGACAGUCCAGCAGCUUUGCCAGAUAUCUAGAUGGAGAAUCCUGGGAGAUUAAAGAUGCUUUACGUGACGCGAUUGCAAAGUGUGAACUGUUUGAGUCCAGCAGUUAUGAGCUGACUCUGGAUCAGAGCAGAGACCUGACUGCAGAGAGACUCUAUCACUUGUUAAGACUGCCUUUCAUGAAAGAACACCUUCGAAAUCAGCUAAAAGAGAAGCAAAAAGGCUUCAUAAACAAGAGUUUAGGCAUCACGGAGAUCAUCUGCUCCGCUGACAUGUCCACGGGAGUCAAGCUCGGUGUUGUGUGUGGACUCUAUGGAGGUGCUGUCAGUAAUCUGGGCAGUCCAGAGCAGAAGAUCAAAUGGUAUCUCCCUGUUUCAGAGUUAGAGUUUACAGGGAUGUUUGCGAUGACUGAGAGGGGCCACGGUAGCAACGUUCGAGGCAUUAUCACUGAAGCUCGAUACAAUCAGUCCACACAGGAGUUUAUUAUUCACACACCUUCCGAAGACGCUCAGAAAAUGUACAUCGGGAAUGCAAUGAAAGGAAACUAUGCCGCUGUGUUUGCCCAGCUCAUUAUAAAUGGAGAAUCUCAGGGUCCCCACUGCUUUAUUGUACCAAUCCGUGAUCAGAAUGGAGUCAUGUGGCCAGGAGUGACCACCAUUGACAUGAAGCACAAAGAAGGUCUGCAUGGGGUUGACAAUGGCAUUUUGAUAUUUAAUAACGUCCGGAUACCAAGGGAAAAUCUGCUGGGAAAGUUUGGGUCAGUGUCAGCUGAUGGUUUGUACUCGUCUCCUGUCCUCAGUAAAAGCAGUCGCUUCAAUGCAAUGCUGGCUGCCCUGACGCCCACCCGCCUGGGACUCACUGUACAAGCAAUGGCUGCCAUGAAGCUGGGGCUCGUCAUUGCAGUACGCUACAGUCACAGUCGCAGACAGUUCGGUCCGAAGGAUCAGGAUGAGGUGAAGAUCAUCGAGCACCAAACACAGUACCUGAGACUGAUGCCACACCUGGCGGCUGCCCUCGCGCUCAUCUUCACCACCAGAUACGCUGCAGGUUUGAUGGAUGAUGCUUUGUGUCAGGGUCAGGAUCUUCAAAGCAAUCGUGCUCUGCAAGCUCUGGUCGCAGGACUCAAAGCCUACAGCACGUGGGAGAACGUUGCGUGUCUGCAAGACUGUCGUGAGUGUACUGGCGGCAUGGGUUUUAUGAUGGAAAACCGUAUUCCGUCUCUGAAGUGUGACUCCGACGUCUUUGUCACAUUUGAGGGCGACAACAUGGUCAUGCUUCAGGUGGUGGUACGAGAGCUGCUGACCCAGUACACCAAACUGAUGGGGAACAACCUGGUGAUGGGACUGAUUAGAAACUGGACAAGCUCAGUGUCAGACAGCCUUAGAACAAGCUUUCUUGGCUUCAGCGUGGACAAAGUAGGAGACCUAAUGUUCCUGCUGAAAGCAGUGAGCUUCAGGGAAAGGGUGUUACAGCGCAGUCUGGCUAGUCGACUCUACACUAAGGUAGAGAAAAACAAAGAGGAGUUCUUCAUGGCCUGGAACGCUUGUUUACAUCACGUGACUACUUUGGCUAUGGCACACAUUCACAGAGUGACCUUGGAGCAGUUUGCUCUCGCCGUACGAGAAUGCCAUAUCAAAGAGGACCGUGCCUUGCUCACCAAGUUCUGCCUUCUUCACGGCACUAGUCUGGUGUAUCAGGAGAGAGCGUGGUACCUGGAGCACAACUACCUGACCCCCAACACCAGCCAACAGAUCCGCAGCCAGCUUUUGGAGCUGUGCAGAUCGGUGAAGGAUGAUGCGCUGAAGGUGGUCGAUGACUUCAACAUCCCGUCCUGCUGCAUCCAGGCCCCUAUCGCUGGAGUGGCCAAUCCCAGGGCUGAAUGGGCCUUCUACCCACAGCCACAGUAUCCCAGCAGCACCCAGCCUCUGUCGAAGCUCUGAAUUAGAGAAUAAGCAUGGCUUUAUGAGGAUGUGGAAGAACAAUUAAGUGAUUUCAGAUGCUGGUCUCAAUGGUUUCUAUUUUCUUUAACAUCGGGUGGGAGGAAUGAUGGACUGAUUGGAGGUGGUCAAUGCACUUAGGAAUGCAUCGCUGAUGAUUUAUGAUUAAGCAUUAUGCUUCGUGCCAAGAAGAAUGGUAGAAAUGGCUGCUAAUGGCUAAGGCCUUGAGAAAAUGACAUGUACUUUAGGUACAACACUACAUUUUCUUGUUCACUCCUUAAAAAUAAAGGUUCCAAAGGGGUGAGUUCGCAACAACGCCAUAGACAAACAAGUUUUGGGUUCCACAAAGAACCUUUCGGUGAACGAUUCCUUUUUUCGUGUGUGUGAAAAACAUCUAAAGAACCUUAUUUAACAUUAAAAGACCUUUUGUCCCAAAAAAGAAAACGUCAUUGGAUGUUAAAGAUACUUCUUGGAACCAAAGAUGCCAAUAAAGAACCUUUCAUUGAACAUCUCUUAAAAGAACCAUUAUUCCUUAGUGUGAAGAACAUCUAAAGAACCUCGUUGAACUAUAAAGAUAAAGAGCCUAUACUGUCCAAUGGGAAAUGUUCAUGGAUGUUAAGAGUUCUUCAGAGAACCAUCAAUACAGAACCUUUAUUUUUAAGAGUGUAUGUAGAAGGGAAUUUCAGUUAUACGAGUUGCACAUUAUGUCUAUCAUACAGGUACUAGAUAAUUAUUCUUAAAUUCUUCAGUGAUUUUAGCUGAAUUUAUUUCGAAUAAACACCAGCCAAGCGUCUUGUGUUUACAGAGGAUCCCUGAAAGCCUGGAUUUGAGCUAUAACAGCAUAAAGAAGUGCCAAAAGGCAGUUUUUUAGUUGAAUACUGUGUUAAGAAAAGCCCAAAUCUAAUUAAUCAAAUCACAUGACACACAGUUAAUGAAUAUUUAUGUGAUUGUACAUACAUUGAGUAACCGUAAACGCAGUACAAUGUUGGACAGACAUUAACAUAUUAAUGCAGCUAUAGUUUUUAAUGCUACUAUCAACUGCCAGAAUUGUACCUUUAUUUAAAAAGUAAACUAGAUCACAGGUUCUAAUGUAGUUCAAAUCUUCUCAGCCUGGGUCUUCAAAAUGAUGUCUAUUUAUGUUAUUCCUGUACACUAAGUCUGGACCAAACUACCGAAUUGUCUUAUUCAAGUUUUUUUUUCCACAAAAUAAAAAUAUCAUUUUGUUCACUUGUUAUGAAAGUCUGCAAAGAACAGCAAAGUGGAAGUUCCUUAAUGUUCUACAAAAAAAAAAAAAAAAAAAAAAGUUGCAUUCCCUUAUAUUUCCAGAUUUUCUGCACUUGUCAAUGUAACCUAAUGUAAGACUGGUUAGAGCUAUUUUCUUAAUUGUCUUUUUGUGUAAAAUGUGCAUGUUGUCAUACUGUGCCACAAACAGUGGAUAAUUUAAUUAACAACAAAAUAAAAUGCAUACCAAAUACUUGC